AGGAGUAAUUGCAAAGCUCACCGCAACAGUUGCCUCUCGUUCCAGACGUCGUCGGCAUCAAGAGUGUGGCUUUCACCACCUCUUUGACGUAGGAUGUGCACAUGGCUCUCCAGGUCAGAGUUGCUCCCAGCAAGGUUGUUUUGCAGAACCUUCUCCUGUGUGUCAUCCUCUUCUACACUGUGUACUACGUGGUUCUGGGCAUGUGCAGCGUGAUGUUCAAGGUGUACGAGUUGGAUGUCCUGGCACCAUUUGAUUUCAAAACAAAUCCCUCAUGGCUCAACACAAAUUAUAAAGUUCUUUUCGUCUCAACAGAGGUCACCUACUUCACCUGCGGAUUGCUUUUCGUUCUGGUUGUGGAAGAGUGGGUUUGGGAUUAUGGUAUUUCAGUAACUAUUCUCCAUGUUGCCAUCACUUCCACUGGUAAGCAAAACAAAAUAAAGGAAACAAAAUGUGUUCAAUCUGGUGGUGUACCGAAAUCGAUCCGUAAGAGUCGAACUUUGUUAUACGCAUGUUGUUCUCUGACGGCUAAAUGAUAAAAACUGAUGAUGAAAGUUCUUCACCUCCUCCCCACCAAGCUCUUCUGCCAAUUCCUCAGAGAGGUUUUGAUUAGCUCCAUCUUCCAAUUCAAAACUGUACUGAAAUGUAGGUGUUACUUAGCCUGCCUUCAUGUUCAACUUGCUGUCAAUUGGUUGGGGUUUGCCUCUGUUAAAUACUUUUCCUCCAAAUGCUUUCCUGAGGGAGAAAUUGGCAAAAGACUGGGAACUGGGACCCGAGGAAACCUGUACUUGCAGGCUUGCAAACUUCCGAACAAUAGUUACUAUUUUAACAAGAAAACCAGGUUCUUAGACUAAAGGGUUUUUACUGCUACCUGUGAUCUUUGGAGUUGGAAGGAAAUGGAUUCAAACUUCAUUCCUACAUUUUUACCAGGUGUUUGGUCUAA